CUCUCGGAGGGCUCCAUGUUUGGCCACGGCCUGAAGCAUCUGUUCCACAGUCGAAGGCGGUCCCGGGAACGGGAGCAGCAGCAGCAGCAGCAACAACAGCAACAGGCAUCUCAGGAUUCGCCGCCGCCGCAGCAGCCCCUGCAGCAGCCGCAGCACGGCAUGUCGGACCAUGACUCCCCGGACGAGAAGGAGCGCUCCCCAGAGAUGCACCGUGUCUCCUACGCCAUGUCCCUACACGACCUGCCUGCUCGGCCCACUGCCUUCAAUCGGGUGCUGCAACAGAUCCGCUCCCGCCCCUCCAUUAAGAGGGGGGCCAGCCUGCACAGCAGUGGCGGGGGUGGUGGUGGGGGUGGCGGUAGCAGCCGCAGAACCAAGAGCAGCUCUCUGGAGCCCCAGCGGGGCAGCCCUCACCUGCUGCGCAAGGCCCCUCAGGACAGCAGCCUGACGGCCAUCUUGCACCAACACCAGUGUCGACCCCGGUCUUCCUCCACCACCGACACCGCCCUGCUGUUGGCAGAGGGCGGCAACGCCUAUUUUUUGGCCGAGGAGUCCGAGGGUCUCUCGGAUAAGGCAGACAAGGGUGACCUCGCUGCACUUCCUGGUGGCCCUGGCCAUGGUGACUCAGACGGCCCCAUCAGCCUGGAUGUCCCUGAAGGGACCCCAGAUCCCCACCGGACCAAGGCCGCCAUUGAACACUUGCACCAAAAGAUUCUCAAAAUCACAGAGCAGAUUAAGAUUGAGCAGGAGGCCCGGGAUGACAAUGUGGCCGAGUACUUGAAGCUGGCCAACAAUGCGGACAAGCAGCAGGUGUCCCGUAUCAAACAGGUGUUUGAGAAGAAGAACCAGAAGUCAGCCCAGACCAUCGCCCAGCUACACAAGAAACUAGAGCAUUACCACCGGAGACUGAAAGAGAUCGAGCAGAAUGGGCCCUCUCGGCAGCCCAAAGAUGUCCUGAGGGACAUGCAGCAGGGGCUGAAGGAUGUCGGUGCCAACAUGCGGGCGGGCAUCAGUGGCUUCGGGGGUGGAGUGGUAGAGGGCGUCAAGGGGAGCCUCUCAGGGCUCUCCCAGGUGACCCACACAGCCGUGGUGUCCAAGCCCCGGGAGUUCGCAAGCCUCAUCCGUAAUAAAUUUGGCAGUGCGGACAAUAUCGCCCACCUGAAGGACCCGCUUGAAGAUGGCCACCCAGAGGAGGCAGCCAGGGCUCUAAGUGGCAGUGCCACCCUGGUGUCCAGUCCCAAGUAUGGGAGUGACGACGAGUGUUCCAGUGCGAGUGCCAGCUCUGCAGGGGCAGGCAGUAACUCUGGGGCAGGGGCCGGUGGGGGACUAGGGAGCCCCAAGUCCAACACUCUGUAUAGUCACCCCAACAACCUAGAUACCCUUCUAGAAGAGCUGCGAGAGAUCAAGGAGGGGCAGUCACACCUGGAGGACUCCAUGGAAGACUUGAAGGCUCAGCUCCAGCGAGAUUAUACUUACAUGACACAGUGCCUACAAGAGGAACGCUACAGGUAUGAGCGCCUAGAAGAGCAGUUGAACGACCUGACGGAACUACACCAAAACGAGAUGACUAAUUUGAAGCAGGAGUUGGCCAGCAUGGAGGAGAAAGUGGCCUACCAGUCCUAUGAGAGGGCCCGAGACAUCCAGGAGGCUGUGGAGUCCUGCCUGACCAGAGUCACCAAGUUAGAGCUCCAGCAGCAGCAGCAACAGGUGGUCCAGCUGGAGGGUGUGGAGAACGCCAAUGCCCGAGCCCUGCUGGGCAAGUUCAUCAACGUGAUCUUGGCGCUGAUGGCCGUGCUCUUAGUGUUCGUCUCCACCAUCGCCAACUUCAUCACGCCGCUCAUGAAGACCCGUCUCCGCAUUGCCAGCACUGCCCUCCUCGUCCUCGUCCUCUUCCUCCUCUGGAAACAUUGGGACUCCCUGAGCUACCUCCUGGAGCAUGUGGUACUGCCCAGCUGAGCUCCCAGGCAGAGGGGGAGACCCAGAUACCUGGCCUACCUUGGAUUUCUUCAUGUGUUUGGUUCAGGCUCUUGCCUCAGAUUCCCGCACUCUGUUGCCCCCUUGUCUUUCCUUGUGUUUCUUUCAUAUCCAAUAAUGUUUCCUCCUUCCCUUAGGGAAAGCCAUCCCAGGGUAGAUUGGAAGCUGACAGCUUCCCUCCCUCGGCACAGAUGUGGGGACCACCAUACAGAGUGAAGAAAACCAGCGAUUGUAUUUAUUUGAUUAUUUAAAAGACAUUGGAGGCCUUCUUCCUUGCUGGCCUAGAGAUGGCCCCGAGAGCCCAGAAGGCCGCUGAGGGAGGGAGGGAGUGGAGUUCUCUGCUCUGAGCCCCUUGAGAGAAAAUUCUCACAGAGACCUCUCUCCAUUUGAGCUCAGGACAAAGAUGGGCAAGCUGACCAAACGGGAAAGAGGAAAUGGGAGACCCCCUGAGGUUUAGGAGAAGCCACCGGAGAGGAAAGGUCUUUGAAGGGGCAGGAGGUGUUCCCCAUACCCUCAGAUGUCUGUGGAGUAAAAAGGGACCCAGGGGAGCUAGUUCCCAAGCCUGGCUCAGCCCUUUCUGCUGCAAAGCUGAAGCCUGUGAUGCACAGGGUCCCGACUGGAGGAUGAGGGGCCCGGGUCUUGGGAACUGUGUGCUUUUUGAAAUUGUUAGUCCAUUUCUUGCUGUCAUCGACUUGCCUUUUUCAGGGAAAUAUAGCCCCCUUCCCCCGGGUCCCAAGCCUCAGGUCUUGGGCACUUGUAAGCGCUGUCAAUUUAUUUAUUUAUUUAUUUGUGGCUGCAUUUCUUCUUCCCAUCCUGAAUUCUAAGGAGGCCCCUUCUCUCCUCCCCCCAAUAUUUUUCUUCUUGUCUUCUUUCUCUGAAACCAGGGUUUUACCCUGGGGAUUCCCAUCGGGGUGGUACUAGCACUUCAGUACGAUUUACUUUGUGAACCAUUGAGUCUAGAGUGGUAUCAAAGUUAUCAAACCCCCUUUGCCUUGUGGGAGUAGUGCUCCAUCUGGGACAGGAGGACUCGAGCCUUGACCUCCAUUUUUUAUGUCUAUUUAUUUGUACAUGUGUGUGUAUGCGGGUGUAUGUUUGGGGUUGUUUUUUUGUUGUUUUUUUUAAGUCACCGGAGUGUUGUGUAUGGUUGCUGUUCAUGGUCUCUACCUUCCCAAUUGGCACUUCCAGAGAAAAGGGGGCUUCUGGGAGAAGGAGGAAUGGAAUCCUCAGGGGUUUGGGUGAUCCCUGCCCACUUUGGAACUUGACUGGGGAUCUCAAAAGAAAUAAAGAUCCUCCCUGAAUUCUCAAACUCAUUUUGUGUUGCCUGAGUUGAUUGUUGAUGGGGUGGGUGUC